GGCCGGUAAACAUCAACAGAAGAAGAACACUUCCGUUCGUGAAGGUGACAGUGAUGGCGGCGGCUGUGGUUCGCGGAAUCGGCUCAAAUCUGUCCAAAAAUCUGCGUGAGGUCCGUCUGCACUUGUGCCAGAUAUCAGCUGCCAGUCAGGGAACCAGGGAUUUUAUUGAGCAGCAUUAUGUGACAUUAAAGAAGGCAAACCCGGAGUUCCCCAUCCUGAUCCGAGAGUGCUCUGGAGUUCAGCCCGUGCUGUGGGCACGAUAUGGUUUUGGCAAAGAACACAACGUUUCACUGGACAACAUGAACGCUGACCAAGUGGCCAAAGCUCUUGAAUCAGUAGUAAAUGCAAAGCCCUGAGGAAACACCCUGAUGUAAAAUAAUGUAAAUGUUAUUUGUGUCCAAAAUUGAAAAUAAAUGUCUAUUCUAAAGAUUUU